CCACCAUUAGGUGGAACCCAAUCUGGUUGAAUUUUGUGAACCAGCUCCAUGUUACUGGACCUAGGGUACAGGCAGUAAUUCACCAGUGCAAACAAUAGUGGCCGCUCUGUCACUUGAUUCUAUACUUGUACAUACAUGCAUACUACAUAACUAGCAGGAUCAUAUGUCUCGCCAUAAUUACCACCCAACUAUGAUGCGUGCCCGAACAGGACACACAAGCCCAAAUCAUUGGUGCCUUGCCUCACCUCAAUCAUUGCGGUGAGGAGUAUACCCACCCCUGUCCAUGACAGCGUCGCACCGGAAUCAGUCCAUUAUAUCUCGCCGUGCUCCGUCUACUGCCGUUAACGAUGGCUCCUCUGGUUCUCGGUCUAGAAACCACCGCAGCUCCAGCCAUCGACCCCCGCGACCGCCUAGUACACGUCAUUCGCUGCGGUCUCAGUUCGCCACGACUCGUCAGGAAUACGAGUUUGGUUUUGACGAUGCGUCAUCCAUCGCGGAACAGUCGAUCCAAGCCUCUGAAGCCGUUCAGGGCAAUGAAGCCGACAACCACAACCCCGCUUUCUCUCGCGGCAGAGUCCUCGGUCGAGAUUGCUAUGAGCUGUUGUGCUUGCCAAGGGGCCCGUCUCUGUCUCCUGAUCAGGUCCAGGAGGCAGCAUACCGUCUCGCCCAGGUUUUGGCAGUCGACAAGCAGCCGCAACGUUUGCAGGUCCCGGCAGCUUUCCAACUAGGUUUGGUGAAAGCAGCUGUUGAGACCUUGAUUGACCCUUCUCGAAGGCUGGGCUAUGAUCUCUCGAGGGCCGGCAAACCCGACUCGGACUCUGACGAGGAGGAUAUCUACGAAAAUGACCCGGACUCAGGAAGCAACGGGAGCUAUGAAGUCGGUGUUCAAGAGCAGUACCUCCUCCUCAGCCAACGGGAGUCUCGAGCGGGCACCGACCUCAGUCUUCGGUUGGACGCUACAUCGUUAGUUGCUUCUCGAGGGGAACUCCUGCGGCAUGGUGUAGGACCAGAAGUCAUGGACUUCUCCCUGCAAAAGACGGCCACCACCGGCGUGCCGGCCCUACGAAGGCCUAUCGAGAGCGCUGCUGUGUUUAUCCGGAAUUUGGGAAUUAGAAAAUCUCCCAAGGCCAAGGCAGCAUCUCGUCUUCGUCUCACAGACCCGACCGUGACUGUCACUGCGUCGGCACAUGGGUUGUUGGGUGAGCCAUUCAAGCUUGCACCGCUCCUCGUCGACCGUUACCAGCCACCGGGUCCCUCGACCUCGAUACACGGGAAGAGGCGCGUGGAGCAGCUGCUGGCGUCCCGGUUCCUCCCGUUUCUGAGCCUAAACUUCCGCCAGGAGCUCUUCUGGCAGACCGAGCCUGUCCCUGUCGCCCUGCCGAAGCUUGUUAUCGAACAGGAGCUGGAAUUCCUCCCUCACCCUUCCACGACGACCCGGAUAGGCCAGUCUAUCAAUCUCUUCGGCAGCGCUAACCCGCUCAACGUCGAGAUCUCAGCCCAGAAGGCGCUUGCCCGCAAAAGCGAGCCGCUCCCGAACGUGGGGCUCGCUGUCCAUCAACGGGUCGGCCCCGGCACGGCCUUCCUCGUGGCCAACGGAGGCGACUGGAACCUGCGGACAUCCAAAGAAUGCCGACAGCUGUUCAAGUUCUCCAAGCAGCGCUCACGCGGUCUCACGCCCGUGCUCGACGCUUUCAGCAACCCACCAACCGUCGAAAUCGGGUAUGCUUUCGGGAGGCGCGACCUGGGCAUGCGGUCCGGCCAAACCCUCACCAAGCCCACCACAAGGGGUCUCUCCCGCCUCGACGGCGACGUCGACGAGCAGACGCUCAGCUCGUGGUCCGUCUCCACGGGCCUGAGCCCAGGCACAGCAGCGACCUACCUCCGCUACGGCCGCGACCUCUUCACCUCCCCAAGCCCACAGCAGCGCCACCGCACAACCAACACCGGCGGCUUCCGCGCCGAAGCCGAGGUGGCCGCCACCACGCAGCACGACUUCAGCGUCGCCUUCCGCGCGCUCAAGCACGUCGGGCGCUUCACCAAGGCCGGGCUGGAGGUCGGCCUGUCCCCCACCAACCUGCACGUCGCCCUCUACUGGUCGCGCCUCGGCCAGCGCGUCAGCCUGCCCUUCCUCGCCGCCGCCACCACCGCCCCACACACCACCCUCACCCCGCCCCUCAACCACCUCCUCCUCACCACCCUCCUCCUCCCGCUCACCGCCUUCUCCGCCUGGGAGGCCUACGCCCACCUGCAGCGCGCGCGGCGCGCCACCGAGGCCGUGAGGGCGCGCCGCGAGCGGCAGCUGGCCGCCUACGUGGCCGCGCGCAGGGCGGAGGCCGACGAGCUGACGGUGGCGCUGGCGGCCGGGGUCGGGCCGCGGCAGGCGGCGGCGCGGAAGCGUGGGGGUUUGGUCGUGCUCAGCGCCAAGUUUGGCGUGCGCGGGGCGCCGCCGGACGAGGGGGAGGGUAUUGGUGGUGGGGAGGAUAGUGAUAGUGAGGAGGAUGAUGAGGAUGAGUUGGUUAUUCCGCGCGGGGUGAGGAAGGGCCGGUUGAUGGGGUUUUGGGAUCCGGCGCCGGGGAAGGAGAAGGUGUUGAGGGUGGUGUAUCUGUGGGAGGGGAAGGAGAAGGUGGCGGAGGUGAGCGGGCGGGAGGAGUUGAGGCUGCCUUAGCUGCAGUGAGGGGCGGGUUGGAUUGGAUUUGGGGGCCAAGUGACCAUGCGAGACUCGUGAUGAUGAUGAUGAUGCCGAUGAUGCAAUACACGAUUGAUGGGUGGACGCGGUUGGAAAUGAGGUCAGACCUGCAGGCACAGACAGUCUUGAGAAUAUAACGC